AACGCGUCACUGAAAAACCAUCUACAUUCAAGUCCAGAGGACUGUCAGAUUUUCCAUCGCACUUGUCAUCGAAAAUUCCGUCAUCGCGACAGACAGCUGUCACCUAAACCCGCCAUCAUGGCACAUCUUACCCAGAUAACGAACAUGAUUGAGUUCGCCGCAUGCAUCAAGAGUACGGCCGGGAAGACAUUGCUCCUAGCCUAUUGGCCCGAAGAUGCCAUGUCAAACGAAGCGGUUGCUGCGCUGCAGAAAUUGCUCCCCGCAUCCGAAUACGAAAAGUACAACGUAGUAGACAUCUACUGCUUCGACAUGUACUCAUUACCGGAACUGGGUGCAUUACUGGAUGUGAGUUUUGUGCCGACGCUGUAUUGGUUCCAGGAUGGCGUCCAGGAUCCGAUUGAGUGGCACGAGGGAGUAUCGAUUGAGGGGGAAAGUGUGGAGAAGGGCGUGAAGAGGGUCGUGGACAGGGUUAAGGGGGCCGAGAUUGGCGAAGACGAUAGUGAUGAUGAUUGGUAGAUGCACAGCUUUGGGAGGGGGGAUGAGAGGGACAGUGUCGACCAACGUUUGAUUGAACGGUAGAAGAGCCACACUCGCUGGUCCUACUCUGCAAGCUUUGCUAUCGUAUCGAAGCUGAAUAGAAGCCUGUAAGUUUCC